AUGUUUAAUCCUUUGCAAUUUCAACGACGACGACGCGCUUCCGAGGAUGACAACAGCAGCGAGGAUGAACGACCUGGUCUGGGGAGACCAAAGGAAACCACAGACGAACAGCCGCUAACCGGCGUGGACAGACAGUAUGGUAUCGGUGCCUCGUUGCUGCGUCAGAUGGGCUACGUCGAGGGAAAAGGGCUGGGAAAAGCCGAACAGGGAAUUGUGGCUCCCAUCGAGACCAAGAUGCGUCCGCGCGGACUGGGUAUUGGUGGGACGGACGAGAAAUCUCCGGAGGAAGACUCGUCUGGCGAUGAGUCUAUGUCAGAGGUGGCAUUUAAAAGCACCUUGCCGUCUCUUUACUCGCUGAUCGAGCAGUUUGAGCAAGUUGGCACUCAUGUGCCUGUAAAAAUCAAAGAAAUGUGCGACAACGGCUCAGAAACAGUCGAAAUAAGAACUGCAUUAGCAGGCAUUCUCGGACAGCUCAAAGACGUGCAGACCAAGAUACAUUCCGCUCAACAGGAGCUGGAGUUACAGAAGAGGAUAGAAGUAGCCUCUAGAGAGCGCCGUCUGGCGCUGCAACGAGUUUUGGAUGGAAACCAUGAGAAGAUCAGAGAUGACGAGGACAGAGAGAUGGCUGCCAAGAUGCUGAUGGCCAAGUUAGAGCCCCGAGUUCGCGCGCUAAUGGACUCAUGGGAUCCUACCGAUCUUGAUUCGAACGUUUCUGAUCAGCUGCUCGGCUACAAGGACGAGUACUCUCUGUUUGAGUCUGAACACGACAAUGCCUACCAAGCUCUAGUGAGUCAGUUAUGGAAGAAGAAGGCUGGCGAAUUCUAUGCCACCAAAUGGUCUGUUUGGCAGCCAAACCUUGGAAUCGCACUAAUCGAGGAUUUUCAGGAACUUGUUUCUGAAGCGGCUGUUGCGCAAAUAUAUGAAGAAGUGUUGCUGCCGAAAUUUAGGGACGAAAUCCGCCUCUGGCAAAUGGGGGAGCCUGGGCCGGAGAAGUGGCUGACAGACUGGCUGAACGUGAUGGAUGAGCGGAUGGUUGAUCAGGUGGUAGCAGACAUUUUCCAGAAAUACGCGGACUGGAUAGUUGUUGGAUGGAACAUAGAAGAACAGCAGCUUCCUGCAAAGAGAAUUCAUCUGAGUCUGUGGCUUGAUCUGUACGGAGACGAGCAGACCCGACAGAAGAUGGAGUCCUCUGUGAUCAAGAGAUGCGUCCAGCAGCUGAGGAAAAGCAAGCUUCAGAAUGCUGACGUUAUGAAGUUUGUCGCUCUUCUACGUGCGAAUGGAGUUCGGUACGAUAAGAUUGACUAUCUGAUUGAAAAUGAAGCCGCUCUCUCUUGGACAGACAAGUUUUACUCUCUUCCAGACGCCAGAGAACAGUACCACUACGUUUUCAACUCACUUGUGCGACUGUAUGCACGGCUUUUUUCGUGCUACCAUUUUCCGCGACUCCAAAAGUACCUGGUUCUGGCACUCGACCACCUCAAUUUCGAGUACAAAACUUCUCUACAGCAGCUCCAGAUGACUGUCCCACCGGAACACCGUUUUGCUUCGCAACGGGAGCCUUCAAUAUCGAAGCUGGUGGAGGCUACCGAAAACCUCAGUUUCAAGCCGCAAAAAAAAACUACCGUCACUCUCAAGCAGCUGCUGGACGACUACUGUCAGGAGCACGACCUUUUCGUCCUGCCCGAGUCUACUCUCAUGGCAGGAAAGGCUAUGUAUCGCGUGACCCGAAAUAUGAAGAGCGGUCUUCUGAUUUAUCUGGACGACGACGUCGUAUGGGCCAAAACCGGAGCAGACUUCGAGCCCGUCGCAUUUGACGAAUUGGAACAUUAUGUACAUUAA